GAAAGAAUAGAAUAUUCCAAUCUUUGUGCGACCCUGAUAACAAAUAGAUAUAAACGUGCAUUUAUCCAAAUAAUAGUUUAUUUGGCAAUUGAAUCAUUUAUAAUUGCUUCGAUUAUCCUUUCAGCACAAUCUUUGGACAGUUUAUAUAUUACACUAUUUGGUGUUACUUGUGGAGUUGGUAUAUAUCCGGAUUCUGGAUGGUUAUGUAUUAGAGAAUUAGGUGAUGAGGCCAGCCCAUUUGGAGAACGAUGGAUGUUGUUCACCGUUGGAUUUAUGACAACAUUGUUGUUUGUUGUUCCAAUGACAUGGAUGAGGUUAUCCAAUAAUGCUAAAAUACAAAUUGCAUCAUUUUUGACAAUAAUAUUUGUCAUUUUCGCAUGGAUUGUGGCACUUACAUUACAUGGAUUGGAACCAAAGCGAAUUCCCAUUAUUGGAGAAAAUCAAAGUCAAGCAGUGGGAAUCAUACUGUUUAACUAUGCCUUUAUAGUUACUGUUCCAAGUCUUGCUAAUGAAUUGGAAGAAGAUGGAUCUAUUCGAAAAAUUGUCUAUACAUCUAUAGCAAUUUCUACAUUCGGUUACAUUUCCUUGGGAAUCCUUGGUGCAAUGGCAUUUGAUUUAGAUUUAUCAACAAACAUAAUAGCCUCUAUCCGACAAUCAGAAUUAAGGAACAAUAUACUUGGAUUUUCUACUUACUUAUUUCCAUUUAUAUUACUAAUUAGCGUACCAAUAAACGUUAUUGUUAUACGUUAUAAUCUGGUUCGAACUGGAUUUUGUGGAGGCAAAAAAUGGCAUGGUGUAGAAGAAAUAAUUCAUGUCAAACGUACCAAACGGUUUAGAGCUUUUUUUCCUGAAG